UGGAGGAGAGUGCGAGAAUGGUCUCCGGAGUUCGAAUCGCUCGUCACUCCCGCCUCCGCUUCUCCUCGAUCGUUCCAUCUCCUCGUCUCCGUCGCGAUCUCUCCUCUCUCGCACACUCUUUUUCUUCGAAGGCUUGCUAGAUAAACAAUGAAUGCUGUGAAUUCUUGCCAUGGUUGCAACAAAAAGCAGGCGCUGAGAUAUCCUCGGUGCUAUCGGUUGGAAAUUCUGCCUUUGGCAGAUCAUUGUAUGCAUCAAAGGCAAUACAAGCUGGAGAUUGUAUGCUGAAGGUUCCUUACAGUGUUCAUCUCACUUCAGAUAAAUUCCCUUCGAAAAUCUCCCCGUUUAUUGAUCAUGGUGUUGGAAGUGUGUCAUUUGUUGCCGUGGUACUUAUGGCAGAGCAGAAACUGGAAAUGGAAUCUGGAUGAGCGGCCUAUAUUACUAGUCUCCCUCAAAUGGAUGAGAUGCAUAACACGAUAUUCUGGAGUGAUGAUGACCUGCAGAUGAUAAGUCAAAGCCCAGUUUACAAGGAAACUUUUGAGCACAAAGCAAACAUUGAGAAGGAAUUUUUAGCUCUUAAACCAGCUUUGGAGUGUUUCCCUCAGAUUUUUGGUGACCUCAGGUUGGAGAAUUUCAUGCAUGCAUGUGCUUUGGUUUCAUCUCGAGCUUGGAAGACUUCAAAAGGCGUAUCUUUGAUCUCAUUUGCAGAUUUCCUAAAUCAUGAUGGUACUUCAGAUUCCGUGUUACUAAGUGAUGACUACAAAGAAAUUUCAGAGGUACUUGCUGAUAGGGAUUACGGUGUUGGUGAACUGGUUAUGAUAAGAUAUGGGAAGUUCUCUAAUGCUACUCUCCUCCUAGACUUUGGUUUUACUGUUCCAAACAACAUUUAUGAUCAGGUAAUUCUCUGGUUCCCUGGCAAAUCAAUGUGUAGCCUUAUUCUGUGCUCCAGUCUUCUGCGGUUUCUGAUGGUGAUACUACACUAUUCGUUAGAAGAGGAAUGGCAAGAGAUCUCCUUAAUGGUGGGCUUCAUGUUCUACGAUCCGCACAUACCUGGCUAG